AUGAUUUGAACAAGUUGGUGGCAUAUUCAGUUGAAGCGCCUCCCUCCUGGAGAAAGAAAGAAAGAGAGAAAGAGACAGACCGUUGGUGAAAAGAACACGCCAGAGAGAGAGAGAGAGAGAUAGAGGAGAAUAACGAACCAUCUCUUCGAUUCUCUCUCCACCCUAUUCAACUUCUGCAAACUACUUCUGGCCUUUUUCUCUUCUUCCUCAGGAAUCUUGAAUUGAGAUCACCUGAAAUUUUGAAGGGAUCAUUUAAUUAGAGGGAGAAAGAGAAAAGAUUUGGUGGAUUCUUGAGGGAGAAAGAAAGAGGCGAUGGAGGAAUUGCCGGCUGUAACAGGGUCGACUGUGUCUUCAUCUUCGUUAUCAAUAUUAGCGAAUUAUCCUCUCAUUUCUGCUUUCUUAGCUUUCGCUAUCGCCCAAUGCAUCAAGGUCUUCACCACCUGGUACAAGGAGAAACGAUGGGAUCUGAAGCGACUUGUUGGAUCUGGUGGGAUGCCAUCAUCCCAUUCUGCAACUGUCACUGCUCUUGCAUUGGCCAUUGGUUUGCAAGAGGGCUUUGGAGGAUCACUGUUUGCAGCUGCACUUAUCUUAGCAUGUGUUGUGAUGUAUGAUGCAACUGGUGUGAGGUUACACGCUGGACGCCAGGCAGAGGUUUUGAAUCAAAUUGUAUACGAACUUCCCGCUGAACAUCCUCUGGCUGAGAUCAGACCACUACGUGAACUUCUUGGCCACACCCCUCCUCAGGUUUGUUUUGAUGUCUUAAGUGAUCUAUCAAUGCCUUACGGGUUACCACAAGGAAGAGACAAGGCAAAUGGAAACUUGGUUGUUGCAGGUGGGUUGCUCGGAAUUACCACGGCAAUAAUUGUACAUUUAGUCGCGGGCUUUCGUAUUAAAGCUUGAUCCUCCGGCAGAUUACAUUUCACAGCAUCUGUGAUCAUUGAUAGGAUCCCUCUGUGGUUGAGGAAUGCAACUGGCAGACCUGUCUUUUAACAUUGAAUACAAUAUUGUUGUCUGUAACGCAAUUAGUGGAU